AUGGACGAGUUGAGUGCUGAUUGUGACGAAACAUCAUUAAUUUGGUAUUCUCGCAAAAAGGAAAAGUUCCUCAGAUUGUGUUCUGUCUCUAAAGUCAUUCCUGGACAGAGAACUGCUGUUUUUAGGAGGUUUUUACGCCCCGAGAAGGAUUAUCUGUCAUUUUCCCUCAUAUACAAGAACGGCCAACGUUCACUUGAUCUGGUUUGCAAGGACCAAGCUGAGGUUGAAGUGUGGUUUUCAUCACUUGAGGGGUUAAUAAGUUCUUGCCGUAAAAAUUCUCUAAUUGAUGAGCACAAGGAUAGAGUGUCAUUUUCCGAUGAAGUAUCAUAUUAUCAAGAUCGUCAUUCAUACGACUCAACACUAGAUAUUGCUUCAAGUAUUUCACGUACUUUUAACACUGCUGGUUACUGCAGAACCAAUUCUUCUAGUUUCAGAAGAUCAGAUGUGGGAUCUGAUCGUGCAAAUAUGAUAAGAACAAGUGGUGCAGAUAGUAGCCGACUUAGUAUCUCCAGUGCCCCUAGUUCUUCCAGUCAGGGUUCUGGAACAGAUGACAUAGAGUCCCUUGGUGAUGUUUAUGUAUGGGGUGAAGUAUGGACCGAUGUGGCCCCAUCAGAUGGACACACAAGCUCAUCAUGCUCAAAAAUAGAUGUUUUGAUUCCUAAACCUUUAGAAUCAGAUGUUGUCUUGGAUGUUAAUCAGGUAGUAUGCGGUUCAAGGCAUGUUGCUCUUACUACCAGGCAAGGAGAGGUUUUUACAUGGGGCGAGGAAUUUGGCGGGCGCCUUGGUCAUGGAACUGAUGGAGAUAUUAGUCGUCCCAAGCUUGUUGAGUCGAUAUCAGUGACCAUAGUUGAUUUUAUUGCAUGUGGGGAGUUCCAUACUUGUGCCAUAUCUGCUUCUAGUGAUCUAUUCAAUUGGGGGGAUGGUUCUUACAAUGCUGGAUUGCUUGGAUAUGACACUGGAGCUAGUCAUUGGCUUCCCAAACGUGUCUCAGGGCGCUUAGAGGGGCUUCAGAUACUAUCUGUUGCAUGUGGCUCGUGGCAUUCAGCUCUGAUCACAUCAAGUGGAAAAGUUUAUACAUUUGGUGACGGAACAUUUGGUGUUCUUGGGCAUGGGAACCGUGAAAGUGUCGCAUACCCAAAAGAAAUAGAAGCCUUGAAUGGAUUCAGAACAGUCAAAGUUGCAUGUGGAGUCUGGCAUUCUGCAGCAAUUGUGGAGGCUACUGGUCAGACAGGCACGAAUAUGGUCUCUAAGAAGCUGUAUACUUGGGGCGACGGAGAUAAGAAUCGUUUAGGCCAUGGGGACAAAGAAGCUAGGCUGGUUCCUACCUGUGUUCAAGCUCUUGUUGACUGCAAUUUCCAUCAGCUGGCUUGUGGACAAAAUAUGACCGUUGCUCUCGCUACAUCUGGUCAUGUGUAUACCAUGGGUAGUUCUGACAAUGGCCAGCUUGGAAAUCCGAAAUCUGAUGGUAAACAACCUUGCUUAGUCAAAGAUAGAUUGUCUAGCGAGUUAGUUGAAGAGAUCUCCUGUGGAGCUUCCCAUGUUGCGGUUCUAACGUCAAGAAGUGAAGUAUACACAUGGGGGAUGGGGGCCAAUGGAAGACUCGGCCAUGGCGAUCUCAAUGACAAAAAGACACCAACUCUUGUCGAAGCACUUAAAGAUCGGCAUGUCAAAAGUAUAUCAUGUGGAUCAAACUUCACAACAUGUAUUUGCAUACAUAAGUGGGUAUCAGGUGCAGAUCAGUCAGUUUGCACAGGUUGUAGGCAAGCUUUUGGGUUUACGAGAAAGAGACAUAAUUGCUACAACUGUGGGCUAGUUCACUGCCAUGCUUGUAGUUCAAGAAAAGUGCUGAAGGCUGCUCUGGCACCAACUCCUGGCAAGCCGCAUCGUGUAUGUGAUUCAUGUUUCCUGAAAUUGAAAAGUGCAGAUACCAACAGCAAUAAUGCCAACAAAAGAAAUGUUGUUACUCGUCGCUCUACUGAUAGUCGAGAGAAGCCAGAGAGGCCAGAAAUAAGACCCUCCAGGCUUGUAGCAACACCGUCAACGGAGCCAGUUAAGUAUAUGGAGGUAAAAGCACCUAAGAGUGAUACGAAAGCAGCAGACUCAAUCAUGAGGGCGUCUCAAGCUUCGUCUCUACUACAGUUCAAAGAUCUUGGCUUUGCUGCCCAAUUUGGUGCGGUUCAACCCAUGGGAAUGUCACCAGCCCUAUCUAUGUCGCCUGGAUUACCUGCAUUUUCUUUAGCACCUACAUCUCCAUACACAAAGAAAACAAAAUCACCUCCUGCUGCUGCUAUUCCACAAAGCUGUAAAAGUGAUGUUGAUAACUUGCAGAAGUCUAAUGAGUUGCUGAAUCAAGAACUUUCGAAGUUGCAAUCUCAGGUCGAUAAUUUAAAGCAGAAGUGUGAAGCCCAACAUGAGCAGCUUCAGAAAUCAGAUAAGAAAGCUAAAACAGCUGCCUCUAUGGCAGCUGAAGAAUCCACUAGAUGCAAUGUUGUGGUGGAGUUUGUUAAAUUUCUUGACAACGAGUUCAAGGGUAUUGUAGAUAAAUUGCCUAGCGAUGCUGCCGACAGCAUAAAAGCUCUGCAACUUCAGACACAAUCACUCCUGAGGGAACAAUCAAGUCAUCCGUCGGAGCUCAUGAAUCCAAUAGAACGUGAUCAUCUUCACCUAUCUAGUGGCGGAAGCGGAAGAUAUGAUUUGACCAGUCAUAAGCCAAGCGGUGUAGGUUACUUGGUAAUGUCUCAAGAUGGCAGUUCUACCAGUGGCUCAGCCAUUUCUAUCACAAGUGAAUCCCCGUCCCAUCGUGUCAUGGAAAACCAAGCAAAGGUCCAGAAUGAUUUUGUCCCCAAGCAUGGUACCCAUGGAGAAGUGCAGCUAAUUGAACAGUUUGAACCUGGCGUAUAUGUGACACUUAUCCAGCUGAAGGAUGGUACCAAAGUAUUCAAGCGGGUUCGAUUCAGCAAGAGGAGAUUUGUGGAGAAUCAGGCUGAAGAAUGGUGGAGGGAAAACCAAGAGCGGGUCUUCAAGAAAUACAACCAUCCAACUCAUCAGGUCCCUCAAACGCCAAAUGGGAACACGUCAUGCUCUCAUGAAGAAGAGCAUCAUUCAUGACCUCCAAAUUAGGACCGUGCAAGUUGUUGAAGAUGCGUCACAUGAUGAGACAAUAGAAAAUAUAAUUUUGA